CUCCCGUAAAGACUCCAGUGUUCAGUGCCAUCAGUGAUAUUAGUUAGGACCUAGUUUAUAUUGGAUGUUGCCACAAACCGCGAAGCUGGCUCCGUAUAAGGAUAUUAUGACGAGCUUGAGCUCGACAGUGCCUACCAUCAAGUGCGAGGAAGCGCCUUCACCCACCUCUGGGGAGGGGUACUUGAGUGUGAACGUGAACUUGAGUGCGGCCAUGAUGAAUCUGCUGGCGGCCGAAGGUGGUACCACCACGUUGAGGACCCCUGAGAUCGUGAACGACUUGAUCACCAUGACCAAUCCGUUGGACCAGUACAAUUAUGACAAGACUUCAAGCUUGAAGAACGGAAGUUGUAACGACUCCAACUCGUCGAUGUCAAACGGCUCGUCCGCUACCUCACCAGCCUCCGGCACUCCGCCCAGCAUACAGAAGACGUGUUCGGAACUAAUAAAGGCUGGUUUGAAGUUGUCGAUAGAGUCGAAGAGGAAGAUGUCGGGGAGCGACACGGACGGCGGCCUCAAGCGCAUGAAGCGGGAGGACAGUGACGACGACUACGACAGCAGCCACACGCAGACGCCUAAGAACGAGUUAACCCCAGAAGACGAGGAGAGGCGGCGGCGCAGAAGAGAACGGAACAAAAUCGCAGCGACAAAAUGUCGGAUGAAGAAGCGGGAGAGGACCGUCAACCUGGUCAACGAGAGCGAAGUCCUGGAGAACCAGAAUAUAGACCUCAAGGCACAGUUGAAGGACCUGGAAGUACAAAAGCGCCAGCUGAUCGACAUGCUGUCGAUGCACGCGUCCUCCUGCGUCAAGAACAACACACGGAGUUCGCCCACACAGUACAACAUUCGGUCCUUCGAGUCCAAUACAUUCCCCGUAUCCUUCGACGCCAACUCCCCCUACAUCCGUCCGGAAUCCGCGAACGUGCUAGCUUCGAGCUACACCUGCGUCACCCCAGUCGGCGACUCUUCAAUCGACACGAUAUCGUCCCUCGACGCGUCGUAUCUCGCACCGCAAAUGGACGCCGACUUCAACCGGCCCGACAGCGUGCUCAGUCUCCCGCCCAGCACGGACGCGAGCUACAUGACAACGGACGGAUUCCUGCCGACCGCGACGACGAUCCUUCGGCAGAUCGAACCCGACACAGAGUACUAUGAGACGGAACUAGCGUAUAACUCCACCCAGCCCUGUCACACGUACCCCGGUACUAUACAGGAGUCGCAGGCCAAGCUCAAAAACAAUCUCAACGACGGCUGCCUGGUCUAACCCACGUCGCUCGCUCGAGGGGUCCAAAUUAAUUCGAAAUGUCAACUUUAAUUUUAACGUGCUCGUCGGUAAGUUUGUUUUAGCACAGAUUAAUCUUAAACGGGAUGAGAUUAUUUCGAAACGAUAUCGUAUGUCUACUGUGUAGAACGACAGCAUAGAGUAGGGGUCACUCGUGCGUAAAGUGAAAAUGAGAGUGAGGUAAGUGUGGGCAUAGAGUGGGAGAAUUGGUAAGUAUCUCGCUUUACAUCACUUAUUCUUUUCAAUUUUGAAGGAAACCAACUACCUUUCUCCUUUAUUAUGAUAAAGGUAAAGAAAGCAUGUUGCAACACAAAUUAUUUUUUAAUGGAAAUACCACUCUAUGCAAAUAACAAUUGGAUAGGGUUAUUCCAACAGGGAGUGAGAACUGAGAAUAAUCGACGAAAUUGCAAAACAGACAAAAUAAAGGUGAAACAUAAACGCUAACAGAUGGCGCUUUCAAAAAUUACAACUACCCUAUUGGAACAGGAAACAUUGCAUUACUAUA